AUGGGUUGGGCUGAAUGUGAUGUGGUGGUGGGUGCGGAAGGGUGCUGGAUGGGGCUGAAAAGUGCGGAGUCGUCGCUCGAGAUUGCAGACACCACCACCAACAUCGCAUCGAGACGCACGACAAGAAGUCAACGUGCAGCCCGCGGUAGCGGGGCGGCCCCCCCUGUCCCCAACACCACCUACACCCUCCUACCCGCCAUCAUCCUCAUCGCCACCACCACCGUCACCAUCACCAUCGACGCCAAUAUCAUCCGCCCCCCGCGAGCGACAUGCGGUGAGGGCAAAGCCGUCCUCCACAUCACCAGCCGGCUGAAGGGAAGCGAAGAACUAGGACACCAAGCCCGGGACGCGGCGAGGGUGACUGGUGCGAGGCAGCCAGGACGUAGAAGGAAGGAAGCGAAGAAGGUUGUGAAGCCCAGGAAGCGGUCAGGUCUAGUGGCACCAUGCGAGACGACCCGAGGCGGCUGCGCGGGUAGAAGGAGAGGACGCAGUGCAGCCCAGCCCCCACCAGCAAGCCCAUCACCGCCUCGCACCCUCGCAGGCAGGGCUCCUGGCUGGUCUUCGGUUGUGCGCGGCCCUGCGCCCGCUGCUACUUCUCUUGGGCCUGCCCGACUGCCUCCUCAUGCUCAACGCCCGCAAGCACCAUGGGAGCAGGACGCGCUGCGCAUCCAAGGCCUGGCCAUCUCUCUGGACCAGGCUCGGGACAGGGCGAGGGCGGCAGAGGCUGACCUGGUGGGGGCACAGGCGGCCUUCCUCUUCAGCUGGGGAGUUGAGUGCCCACUGAGCCAGCCUGUCCCCGCUGCCGCCCCCCGACCUCCCACGGGCCCUGCGACGCAGCGCAGCGCCCUCUCAGCCUCGCUGCCCGCCUCGCCAACUCGCCCAGCUGCGGCUCGACCGCCCCCUGCCGCCCCUCAAGCUCCUCGGGCAGGGCCUUCUCUUCCCCGCGCGGCUGCGCCGCCAGCAACUUCGUCGGCCCCGGCUGCUCGUCCUCCCUCCGCCCAGCAAGAGGCAACGCCCGCUGGUCCCUCCUCGCUCGGCUCGGACGAGCGCAUUGCUGCGAUCCUGGCGAAGGAUGCGCAGAGGAGGGCAAGGAAGAAGGAGGUGGACAAGCUGAGGAGGGUGAAGAAGAGGGAGGUAAUCCGCGCUGAGCGUGAGGUUGCUGGAGAGCUGCGUCGCGGGGAGGCUCUCGUCUUCUUGUCCAGUGAUCACCAGGGAUCAUUCAACGCGCUCACUUCGAUGUCAGCAGCUUGUGCCCAGGGACUAGCAACUGGAGGAAUGGUCAAGCCAGUGGCUGAGGCUCGCAUACAGCCAUGUACUCCCUUCCCUCCUCACCACCAACAACAAGACGAGAUACCAAGCAAGAAACAAAAAAUCCCGGCAAACAUCGACCCGCCCGCAACAGGGCUCAAUCUCCGCCUUCCCGUUCGUCGCUGGCGUAAGGGCACCGUCAAGCCCAGCCCGUGCGCAACCCGCGCCGGACUGAGCGACGUGACCGGCUCGCUCGUCGACGACGACGACCUCGAGCACUCGUGGUGCAGCCACGGUAGCUUUGAGGUCUCUUUCCCCCGUCCCACCGGCGAAGUAGAGACUGCCACUGUGCAGACUUAUCUGGCCGCGGUGACCAUCAUUCCCCUGCCUGCUGAGCAAGCAGCGAGCCCGGCUGACAACGCUACAACAGCGGGUCCAGCAAGCGGCACGACGCAGCUCCCUGCGGCAGCCUCCUCUUCUUCGUCUUCUUCAUCUGGCUCGGCGGCGAAGGCAGCUUCUACUGCACCCACGCCCACGCCCUCAGCCCUCGCUCGCUCCCUAAAUAUCAACUCUCUUCCUUUUUCGGCGCGAGUGAGUGAAGCGGAGAAGCUACGGGUGGCGCGCGAGAAUGCGGCUCACGUCCAGGCGGCAUUUGCCCCUGAGAUUGCCGCUGCCGCCACUACGUUUACCUCCCGGGCGGCUCGUCCCGUCACCCCUGCUGGCUCUUCCGCCACGCUGAUGCGGCCCCCAGCGGCCCGAGCAUCAAAAAGCGGCGGAUCUUCUCUUCCUCUCGGGUCAGCAUCAUCAUCAUCUUCUGGAACUUCGUCAAGGACGACGCCGCCAGCCGCAACAAAUGCGCAGGCAGCAAUCGCACAGUCGAAGUCUCUCCAGCAAAAGACGCCUCAGAUUCCUCCUCAAGAUGAGCCAAUAGUCAUCGAAGACUCAGACGAGGAGAUGGACGAGGCAAGGAGCGGGACGCGAGCAACGGUGUCAGCAUCAGCGACGGCGAACGCAUCGGCGAAUGCGAAGGCGACAGCGACAGCGACACCUGCGGGGCAGCCAAACAACAAGCGAGCGAAGACGACGGCCUCGAAGCCAGCAGCUUCAAGGCCCAAACGCACCGCUCCGACGACGACUGCUGCCUCUUCUCGACCGAAGCGCUCCACGCGCCCGCCUCGCCGUGCCCAAGCCACGCCGCUCACCCUGCUCCAGCAGCAACGUAGGGCAGCGAAAGCAGCAGGCUCAGCUGGGCCAUCCGCUCCGACCACGGGCAGCUCAACCUCCGCUCGACGCUCAACGCGCAACAGCAGGAAGGCUCAUCUAUUUCUGGGCUGGGAAGCCU